UCUGACGCUCGCCAUGGCCGACGAAAAGCCCAAGGAAGGAGUCAAGACUGAGAACAACGAUCAUAUUAAUUUGAAGGUGGUGGGGCAGGAUGGUUCUGUGGUGCAGUUCAAGAUGAAGAGGCACACACCACUUAGUAAACUAAUGAAAGCCUAUUGUGAACGACAGUUGGAAAUGGAGGAGGAAGAUGCAAUUGAUGUGUUCCAGCAGCAGACAGGAGGUGUCUACCAAAAAGGGAACCUGCUGCUUUACUCCAGAACUCUGUUCCUCCAGACCAAGAAGACAUUCUCAGUUGGAAAACUGCAAUUGGGUUUCAACACAUCUGACGGCUACAUAAGUUAUUUGGCUCUCACUGUUUAA